CGACCACCACUUGUUUCUGAUAUCCCCCUCUGCCAGCACCAUUCAGCCAUAUAUUCACCCCCCGCCUUGCCCGCAUCAUCAACUAUAACGACGGGCCCGUACCACACGAGAUCCUUUCACACCUGGGAUAGCUUUCCGACAUGUCGCUCCGUCUCCCGAGCCAAAACAAGUUUAAGCCAGUGGCAAGGCCGGGUAUAAGGAAACCUGGUGCUCCCGGCGCGAGACCUGGCGUGAUAGCCCAAAAAUCUGCUCCCAACGUCGGCACGUCUACGUCGAUUACAACACCCCGAGCUGGGCCACAGAAACCAGUGCCGGCCUCACCAUCGAAUUCAGCAAUCCAGAAGCCGCCAACUCCAAAAUCUGCUAUCCCUCUUACGCCCUCAGCUGAAACGCAAGAGUCUCCGACCGUGCCACCAGGAGUAGCAGAUGCUCCUGCGCCGCCUGUGACUACAUCUGCGCUACCAGCUGCAUCCACGGGGAGGUCAAAAGUCCCCCAACUAUCACUGCUAGAGGCUGCAGCCAGUACGCCGUCAGGCUCUCGUCCUUCCCCCUCAUCAGCUACGCGCAAGACGCCAAAUACCCCACGGUUUCCCAGGGCACCAUCCGUUGCCCCUCGAGCUCGUGCGCCAUCGGUGGUUCGUUCGCGAGUUUCAGCUACCCCUCAACCUCCUUCCGAUAUACGCGAACCUUCCCUACCCCCCACGCCAAGGACGUCUGGUUUCCCACCUACCUUGAGUGCAGCCAUGCAAUCUUCCGCGCCUGGUGGUUUCCCGCCAACUCUAGCGAGCGCUACUGAAGAACCCGUGACGCAACAGCAAAUAGAUCAUGCGCAGCUUGCGGCAGCCGCUGUUGCCUCCAUCCAGUCUGAUAUGCCCCCGCCCAGCACCGAGAUUCGUCGCAGACCACCCCGUCGGAGAAAGGCGCCCACCGGGCAAGCUGCCAGAGGCAAAAAGGCAACCCAGUCCCUCAUUGUCGAUGACGAGGGGCCAGAUGAUGAUGCCGCUAGUCUGGCUGGGUCCAAAAGAGGCGCCUCGGUGAUGGAUGAAGACGACGAUGGGGCUUCCGUGGCGGAUUCACAAAUUUCAUCCCGCGCUGGCUCUGUUGCUCCUCGAACCAAACGCGCCAAAAAGGCGAGGGGCCCCCGCGUAGCCACCAUCUCUCUGCAGGCCAUUCAGCCGGACGAAAUGGUUGGCAGCGAAGUCACAGAUCUGACUACUAUGGGCGACUUGGCGACUAUCCUUGCUGGCGAAGGUCGUGUCACCGAGCGCGCCAUCAAGAUUGACGAAUUCCGUCGUGGGCAAGAAGCUCAGAAAAGGGAGGAUCAUCAUAAACGCAUCGAAGAAAUGUACCAACGAAACCAAAUCAAACGACGUAAAGUCCGAUCUGCCAACAAUAGGGAUCGCGCGAGAAGAAGAGAAGAGCUUAGGAAUCAAGGUGGGAAUGAGUUGGAUGUUUCUCCGGACGAGAUGGACUCGGAAGAGGAGUUUGAUGUUGUGCCCGAAAGGUUGACGCCUCCUGCAUCAUCGCCCGAGCCCGAUAGGCCCGAAGAGGGGGGACAAGAAGAAGGCGAGGAGGGGUCAGACGCUGAGGAAGUUGCUUUCGACAACCACGCCAUUCCGAACGACCGCGAACCCGAUAUGUUUGACGGCGAUGAAGGCCUGGUUGGCACACCAGAACCAGAGUUCGAGCCGGUUACAGAAGAUGCGGACGAUGACGAUGCCUUGGCUGCUCUCCGCGCCGCUGGGUUUACAGUAAACGACGAGGAACCCGGAUCCCCUCGCUCCGAUGUAGACGAAUGGGACCGCGAUGCGGUUGAUCUGGACGAAUAUCGUAUGCGUACCCAGGAGCAGAGGCGGAGGGAUAUUGAGAGGAGAGAAGACGAGGACGAGGUCGUCGAAGUGGACGAUGAGACUCGGUUCGUUAAUUCUGCGACCUUUGGCAAAAACAAGCGAACGCAGAGGUGGACCAAAAUGGAAACUGAGCUAUUCUAUCAAGUUCUUGGUGAAACUGGCGAGAAUUACACCCUCAUGAAGGCGUAUUUUCCUGGCCGCGAUGUCCGCUCCCUCAAACUGAAGGGUGCGCGAGAGAAUAAGGUCAAUUUCGACAAGAUGACUCAGGCUAUCAUGAGUCGUAAACCCAUCGGUAUGUUGCGUGAGAAUCAUACCUUCUCUUCACUUACACUUUGAUUACAGACAAAGAAUAUCUCGCCAAAGCCGUCGGCUACGAUCCUCAUCGCGCUUUUGACAAGGAGAUGGCUCUUUUCGAAGAAAUCGAGGCCGACAAAGCGAGGCUCAAGAAGCUCAAUAGUGAACAGCCUACAGAGGGCGAUAUCGUUGAAGAAGGUGAAGAGCAGGAGGACCGUGAUCAAGCUGGAUUGGACGGGAUAUCAGAGGGUGAUGAAGGAGAGAAGCUGGACGAGAAUGAAGAUGAGCAAGUGGAGGAAGUGAACGAGGAGGAUUUUCAGCAGUAUAACUUUGUGUAACCUACUUUUCUGGGCUUUUAGUGAGAUUUAGCUGUUUUCUUUCAUGCUUGGUUGUAUCCUAGACUGUUGGCUAUCUGAUAAUGCAUGUACUGUAUGAGUA